AUGGGCAUGCAUGGUCUGCGGCUCCAAAUCUCAAAGGGUCCUUGCGAUCCUUGCUCUCGUGGGGUUGGCCCCUUGUGGCCUACAACCUUGACAAGAGGUGGAGGCAGGAUGGCAGUGUCACGGAGGCCACCGCCGCCGAGCUGUCCCCCACCACCUGCACCUCCCGACGUGUCUUCUCGGGCAAAACAGGCCCUUGCAGCUGCAGCUGCACGUCAGAAACUUUCUCCGGAAACAAGCAUGCCGAGCCGCGUGCUUGACAGGACCAGCCGAAAAGAGCAUUUCAAGAAAGAAUUGGAGGAGCAGGGACGAAAAGGUAAGGAUGUGUCGCACAAGAUUGCUGAGGUUUUGGCAGCUGCGCGCCAGCGCAGAGCCUGUGAGCCACUGAGUCCACGUGAAGAGCUGAAGCGUCGUGCUGAGCAGGCCUUAAAGGCUGCAAAGUACCGCGGCGCAUCACCAGAAACCAGAAAGAGGUAUGAGGUCGAACAGGCCUUCGGGGAUCGAGCGAGCAAAGCUCUCUCAGAGGCACUGGCACGACAAUCCGGCGAUCCUGCGGCUGAACGAGUACUCGUGGGAGCACCAGUUGAACAAGAACUCGCAGCCUGGGAUUCUGUCGAAUAUCACAUGCCUGAGGACAUCGGGAUGUGGGACGAGGCACACUACGCAGAUCCGGAGUUCGGGCACUGGAUGGGCGAGGUGAUGGAGGUGGGAUGUGCUGUUGCUGACCCUGACUCGUCCGAGGGAAUGCUCCCAGAGGAGUGCUACAACUCUGUUGCUUGGGUGCAGGACACAACAUCUGCUGGUUACACCAGAACUUGGGGCAUGGAGGGAUCCGAAGAAUGCGCAGGCCACCCUCGUCCCUCCAUAGGGAGCAGUCUGAGAGGUGCGAACCAUUCUCAGUGGGCAUCUAAGCGGCAUGGCGGCCAUGCGCGGACAGAGGAGUCCGAAGUGCGAGCCUGGGCAGAGACGACAACGGCUGCCUCAAGCAAUCGUUCCGUGGCGUCGGCCGCUGACUCCAACUCCGAAACCGGACAAGUUCACGAAGAUGCAGACGAUGACGCAGACGAGCUGCUGGCCAGCUGCUUCAGGUCUGUCACAGGAGCGACUUGA